AUUUCGAUAACUGUUUCUAAAUUAAUAUUUUCUCAUUUAGGUACACAGCCGUUAAGAUUUAUAAUCUGAUUGUUAGCACAUACUAUGACUUUUGAGUGCAAUCAGUCAAUUCGGCGUUGUCAGACCGGUUUAUGUUUGUUAUUGAAAGUAGACAACUAUAUUGUGUGUGUAUAUACUCAAAUGAAGACCGGUUUUUUGAUAAGCGGCUUUAUAUACAUAUGAGACUCUUCCCAUCAGUGCGCAUUCGUUAUUCUCAGAACCGAGAUGUCGCACGGCUUGCUCUGUGGGUUUUUCCUGCUAUUAUUAGCACUGGCUAGUGGCUACACGGUGCCAACUGCCAAGAUUGAAGUAUUUUAUCCAAAAGGCUUCGAGGUGUCCAUACCACACGAGGAAGGAGUAACGCUCUUCGCCUUCCACGGCAAGCUGAACGAGGAGAUGGAGGGCCUGGAGGCGGGCACCUGGGCACGUGACAUUGUCAAGAUGAAAAAUGGACGUUGGACUUUCCGAGAUCGCCAAGCUGAGCUAAAGCCAGGCGAUGUUCUAUACUAUUGGACCUACGUUAUCUACAACGGCCUGGGUUAUCGCGAAGACGACGGCGCAUACGUGGUAAAUGCAUAUAACGGCAGCACUCCCAUUUCAACGACUCCAGCAACACGAGUGACCACUCCAGCCUACGUUGUGCCAGAUAUUGACAUCAGAUUUGGCAACUGUGAGACGCCUAAAACUCUAGCGAAUGGCGCUCCAGUUCGUUGUGCAAAUCAACAAAUCUUUGUGGACGACUUCAAUGGCGGCAGGCUAGACGCAUCUAAGUGGACGCUGGAACAUCGGUUCGCAGGUGCUCCAGACUACGAAUUCAACAUCUAUGUGAAAAAUGCACCCCAAACGUUGAGCCUUCAAAACGGACAUGUUACGGUGCAGCCGUUUGCCACGAAACGCUUCUUCAAGCAGAAAUUGGAGGAGAAGUUAGAUCUGGGCGGCGAAUGCACGGGCGAGAAACACUCGGCGGAUUGUGUGCGAGAUCCAAGGAGAAGGCGUGACAAGCUGCCUCCGCUGGUGUCUGCACAAUUCUCCACCAAGCAGAGCUUCGCCUUCAAAUACGGCCGAGUCGAGGUGAGAGCGAAGAUGCCGAGAGCGAAGUACUUGGUGCCACAGCUCUGGCUGCAGCCCAAGGAUAACGUGUAUGGCAAGGAGGACUAUCAGUCGGGCCAGGUGCGCAUUGGCUAUGCUCGUCAGGUGCCGGGCGGUCAACUGGAUCUCUACACUGGCGUCUUGCUCAAUGCUAAGGAGCCCUUGCGUUCGAGCAAACUGUGCCACAAGUUGGGCACCGGCGACAGCAACGACGAUUGGAGCGAUAGCUUCCACAACUAUACGGUGGAGUGGACGCCACGACACCUGAAGUGGUUCGUGGAUGGGCGAGAGAUAUGCUCGAAGAGCAGUGAUACGGGCGCUUUUAGCGGCACCGUCGUUUCCGACCAAAGACUGCCGAACGUGGACGAGCUAGAGAAGGGCACAGGAAUUGCUCCAUUCGAUCAGGACUUCUAUUUGACAAUAGGUUUGGGUGUUGCGGGAUUCAAUGAGUUCUUUUACGACAGAGAGAAACCUUGGCUUGAGCAAGAUACCAUUGCCAUGACGCAAUUUUGGAACACUAUCAAAUCACGGCAGGAUCAAUGGCUGGAUGAUGCUGAGCUCAAAAUAGAUUAUAUCAAAGUUUAUUCUGUAUAA